UACAGAAAUAAACUCAAGCAAUUCUAUUCAAUGAAGCUUAAAAUAACAUUACGCACAUGUAAGUAAACUCGGGGCUACUUAGUGAGCUAUCUAUGUCUGAAACUGACGUACACAGGAGCACGAAAUCGAUAUGCGACACACACUAGCGCCUAUAAUGAAACCAAUGGCGCAUGCUCCGAGGGCCGUACCAUGACACCUUUUAUCGGCGCUCCACCUCACUCUGGCAUCGCUGCUGUCCUACCAUCGAUUACGUUUUGAACAUCCGUGCAAUAUUAUAGUACAGGGUGGCCAGCCCCGGCGCUUCCUUUCGCGACUUCCCCAGUAAACAUAGCAUCAGCUGGUCGAAUAUGCGGUGUCGAACAUUCUGAAGAUAUGUACAAAAUAUAUUUUAAUUCUCGAUCUUUUUCCAAUGAUUUUGCUAUAUGUUUCAUUAACUUAUUCACUUAGUUCCUCAGUGUAAUACCUUCAUGGUCACUACAUUGUGUGUUUGCCCGCAGUGUGACUGCGUCGAAGUAAUGUCAAAUCAUUAACUAGUGUUUGGUGCAGUAAGAUAUGCAUUUAUUGUCAAAUGUUGUGCUCCCCGCGCUGGACAGAUGAGUGCUAUCCUAAAUUCCCUCAGGAACUUGGCCGGUUCUUCGCGGGCCAAUUCAGCUGGGGACUCGAACGCGCGGUUUGGUUUAGCACCGAGUGGCAGCGAGGGCCCCGGCGAAGGGGGGUUUUCAGAAUGGCUGCACGCGAUGAAACUGGUCGCCCGACUUCCAGCUGGAGUUCCACAACACUUUCGGAGAAAGCUGUGGCUAACACUAUCAGAGCGAUACCUAUCAUCGCGCGGCGUACAGUGGCCGGCGGCAGAGCGCGCCUGUUUCCGCGGCACAGCCCAGCCCGAUGAUACUGAACUAGGCGCGCAGAUCCUCAAGGAUUUACAUCGCACCGGUUGCUCACUUUUCUGUGGAACUGAAGGUCGAGAAAAUCAAGCAAUGCUUAGAAGAGUUUUAUUAGCAUACGCUAGGUGGAAUAAGGACGUAGGAUAUUGUCAAGGCUUCAAUAUGUUAGCAGCUAUUAUUUUAGAAGUAAUGGAAAAAUCUGAAUCCGACGCUUUAAAGGUUAUGAUAUAUUUAGUAGAAGCAGUGUUGCCGGAAGGCUAUUUCGCGGAUGACCUGCGAGGUCUGUCAGCGGACAUGGCCGCCUUCCGCGACUUGCUAAGACUGCGCCUGCCGAGACUUGCACAUCACAUGGAUUAUCUACAGAAAAUAUCAGAUGGUGGUGGCAUAGAACCGCCACUGCCGGAUGUAUUCACAAUGCAGUGGUUCCUUACGCUGUACGCGACGUGGUUGCCGCGAGAGUCACUACUGAGGAUCUGGGACCUGAUCCUGUUGGACGGCAACGAGGUACUGCUGCUCACUGCACUAGCCAUAUGGGACAUGCUACAAGAUCGCAUCCUAUCGGCUCGUUCGGCGGACGAAUUCUACAGCUGUAUGGGUGGCGGCGUGGGCGCGGUUUGGGCGGCGGGUGAGGCACUGGUGGCGCGCGUGGUGGCGCUUGGGCCCGCGCCCGAGCUUCCGCGCCUGCGCAGUCUGCACCGGUACCGGGUAGCACCUCCCGCGCCGCCCGCUCCUACCUCCGCACCAAUUUACCACCCACCUUUACAAUCAGCGGUGCAAUCGAUGACGAAACGUGGCUUACGAUUGUUUUAUUCGGAAGAUGAAGGCGAUUCCAGUGACGAUGGAAAUAAAAUGGCCUUAGCAACGGUGAUACCGCGGCGUGAGGAGAGGUCGGGCGCCGGCGACCGCCUGUCCCUGGACAUCGGAGCGCUAAAACGUCAGUAUGCCAGGCUUCGAGAGCGGCAAAGGCAAGCUCACGUCAUUUUAGCGGCCGCUUGUGCUCGGCAAGCUGCAGUUGGCGUUCCCACGUCACCGACGUCGCUCACAGUGAAUAACCUUUUAUUAGGAAAAAGUGCUAUUGUAAGUUCGAGAGGUCGCAGACUUGGUCCCCCGCCCGGUGCUAUACCUCCGUCGCGGGCUUCAUCGCUAAACCAUGAGAAAUCCGAUGCAAAACCACGUGCUGUGACCAAUGAUACAAUCAGUUGGAAAGAAGAAAAAAGCAGACAAUCUAUCAACAGACGCAACUCACUAAAAUGGAAAGACAUUAAAAAAGAAAAAACAACACAUAAAAGUAGAAAAGCAUCUAUAGAUUUCGAUGAAGGCGGUGAUGGAGUUAUAGUGUCUGAAAUAGAAGCGAGCGAAAUGAUUGCUACUUUGCGGUCGAGAAGUUCCAGCGAGUCGUCUACUUACUCAUCUCAUUCAGCCUCAAGUACAGACACCAGUUUAUGUGAUGAAAACGAAAGAGUCAGUGAAUCUGAUCAAAGUGAUGAUUCAAAAGGUAAAAUAAGUGCAACCGUAAUACAUAGAGUACAAAAAACUACGUCUAACCCGGUAGCAAAACAAGAAGCUCACACACAAACUACAGCCCAGGAUGCCAAAUAUCCCACUUCGACGACACCUGUAAAAAGUAUUAAUGAUUACCUUGAUUCCGAUGCGGGCAAACCACUUCGUACUUAUAUUGAUGGAUUUGAAACAAAAUCAAAAAGUGCCCCUAGUUGUGAAAAUUUUAGUAAUAAGCUUACUACCACUUUUAGUCCUGCAAUAACAUUAUCGUCCCAUAAUAGUUCGGAAAGAAAUGAUGUAUUGCAAAGAUUAACAAAAACGAGUUACUGUGAAAAUUCGACAAGUCAAGAAUUUAUAAAGCCAACAAAUUUAUCAAAAAGUAAAAACUUUACGGAACUAAGCCCAAUCGACAUAUCGCCAUGCAACUGCGAUUUCGAAUGUAUAUCCCCUUAUGGUUAUCAUUUUGAAUCCAAUUUUAAUAGUUCGACAAUUGAGUUAAACUCGAGGCAACCUGAUAUAAUCGACAGCUUGACAAUGUACCCUAAUUUUGUACCAGAUAUAGAUUUAUCAGAUAAAAAUAUAUCGGAUUUUGAUAGUCCUCCGCAUAGCCCUGGCGAAGAAAGUAUUAUUGUAAGCGAAGAUGAACCACCAAUACCGCUCAAAAUUGACAAAUACUUUGAACAUAGUCCUGAGUUUUUUGGAGCACGAGUAACCGAUCCUAAUAAUUCAGAUAUUCCUAACCGUCGAGCCACAAAACGGCAAUUACGACAACCUAAAAAACCAGAUUCAUUAACUCUUCAAACAAAUCAUAACGAGAAGACUUUAAAAGAUGACGUCGAAAGGGCUUCAUCUUUACCACAAAGUCAAAGUUUCCGAAAAAACGAGACACCUAGUCCAAUUUUAACCCCAGAAGUAAAAAACAAAAUCAGUGUUGAAAAUGCAAAUAUGAAUAAAAAAAUCACCUUCACUGACAAAACUCCAGAGAAACCAGAAGAAAAAUCUUUAAAAGCGACCGAUGUGAUUUCCCCAAAAGAAAACUUUGUAAGAUGUGGUAGAAAAAACAGCGAAAGAGCUCUACAAAUAAUUCAAGAAAAUUCUCAAAUAUUAAGUCGUAUUUUAACAAAACAAAAUAUAAGUGCUAGUCAAAACCAGACUAAUAAAAACAAGCAGGAAUCAGAAUUAAUAAACAAGCAGGAAAAUUUAAAUCCAGUCAUUAAUGAAAAAGUCACAGAUAAUAAGCAGAUUGAAUCUCCAUUACUAAAAGAAUCAACAUCGGAUUCUUUAAUCGGAUGCAUAAAAAGACACCCUAAGAUAGAAAGUACUGAAAGAAAUGAUUUCCAGAGAGUUAGACCAAUUUCGAUAGAUGACCCUUUUUCAUUAGAAUUGCGAAAUGUUUUAAGUAGAAAUGAAGAACUAACUGUUAAAAGUAACAGAACCCCCAGUAGUGAAUGUCUUGGUAAUAAAACUGAUUUAUACGGUUGGGAGAAUAAAGGAUUUUUGGCUAAGUGUGAGUUUAAAAGCUUCUCCGAAAAACCUGAAUGUAAUUAUGAUACCUUUCGAACAAAACAAGGUAAUUCACCAAUUAAAAAUACCUUUUCCCAGGAUUUAAAAACAGAGGAUUCUCGGUGGACGCGGCAUUCCUUUUCUGGAGACACAAAGACGUCAGUUACGUUGCCUUCGUCAAGCUCUAAGGAUAUGUCUCCUUACGAACGUCGAUUUACUUCUGAUGACUACAAUUACACUUUUUCAAGUAAAUACAGUGACCUUCUAAGUAGAGCUAGUGACAUUUGUAGCAAAACAGAUGAUAAAGUUUCAAAACCAAGUGAAAACAUAAUAAAAAGUGAUAACAGUCAAGUAACUGAUUUUUCUCAUGUCGUCACUUCCUCAAUUAGUUUCACAUGUGAACCUUCAAUAGAUGAUGAAUCACCAAUAGGAGCUAAAAGCAAUUCAAGCGAUACAUUAUGCCAGAUAACAUCAUUAGACCAGAUAUCUACACCAAUAUCUCCCAAAAUAUUUCCAAAUCGAGAAACACCAACUCAUCAAAAUGAUUACACUGAAAAAAGUGAAAAGUUCAGAAUGGAUUCAGAUGACACUUGUAGUGCAAUUACAUCCCUAGUCGAGACUGAAACGUUAUCAUCCCUGUCAUAUCCGCGUAGUCCGUCGACUGGCUCGUAUCAUCCAUUUCCUACAAGGCAUUCAACCAGGUUACCUAAGGAAUUAGGAGUAAGAUUAGGUAUGUAUCCUAGGGAAACUAUUGGUUCUCCGCAAAAAUAA